ACGCCGCCGUGCGUAGUGUGCUCGAAAAUUGUUUGGUUAACUUUUGGUUGCGUGUUUCCUCGAGCGAUCCGGGCCUCGUCCUACAGCUGCACCAUCAUAGCUCCCAGGAGUAACUACAAUCAAACAUGGCAGACAUCGAGGAUACUCACUUCGAAACUGGAGACUCCGGAGCUUCAGCUACAUACCCAAUGCAGUGUUCAGCACUGCGCAAAAAUGGUUUUGUUAUGUUAAAAAGUAGACCAUGCAAGAUUGUUGAAAUGUCUACAUCCAAGACUGGAAAGCAUGGCCACGCCAAGGUUCAUCUUGUUGGUAUAGAUAUAUUUAAUUCUAAAAAGUACGAGGAUAUUUGUCCUUCCACACACAACAUGGAUGUGCCCCAUGUCAAGAGAGAGGACUAUCAGCUGACAGACAUAUCAGAUGACGGCUACUUGACUUUAAUGGCUGAUAAUGGAGAUUUGCGGGAAGAUCUCAAAAUUCCAGAUGGUGAUUUGGGUACUCAGCUCCGUUCUGACUUUGAUAGUGGCAAAGAACUACUUUGUACAGUCUUAAAGGCCUGCAAUGAAGAAGUGGUUAUUGCUAUCAAAACCAACACUGCCCUUGAUAAAUAAUCUUGUUCAAUGUGAACAGUACACCAACCUCAAUACCUGCUUAGCCAAUCGACACCUUAUCAUUGGUAAAAAAAAAAAAAAAAUGAAUAAGAAAAAGAGUCAACACUUUCAACCAGCAGUAACUUGACAGCGGAGCAAAAGCAUCUUUUUAUUAAAGUAACAACUAUUUACUUUCUUAAUAUAAUCAGAAUGAGAAAAGGAAAAAAAAACCCAAAAAGUUGCAAGUUUCUAAGCAUUGUAAGUGAGGGCUGGGUAUAGGAUUUGAAAAGAAGUGUACACCGCAGUUUUACAAACUACACACAUACACACUUACACGUACAUACAAAAAAAACAAAAAAAACGUUGUUUGUUAUACAAGAGAAAUGGCGACGAUUUCACAUCGAAGGGUUAAAAAAAAAAAUAAAAAAAAAAUUCGAGAAAGUCUUAA